CUGGCAUACCGAGCUGGCCGCCAGCUCUCAGGGGUGGGGACGGGGUGUGUCCCCCGGAACCCGCUGCGGAGAGAAGUGCUAGCGCGCCUUUAGACCAGCCAGUGAGGACCUGGGUCAAGCCAAGAGGCGGGAGGGGGCCUCCCGUAAGCCUGGAGCCUACAUCCACAGGCCGAGCAGCUACUCCAGCCGCUGCACCUACUUGGUGACACCCUGCUGGUACGGAACCCUCCCCCAACCUGGCCGAGAGCAAACGUGCUGGAGUGCGAGGAAUGAGGAUUGCAGUCUGCGGAGAUUCGUGCACAGGGCGGAGGCUGGGGAGAGCUCCGCCGGGCUACGGCUCCUGGGCCCAGAUCCUGGGCCUGGAUGAGCAGUGCUGCCUGGUCACCUCGGACACGGGACCCUUCACUGUGCAAUUGCCCUCCCCUCCCCCACAGUUUCGCGCUCUAGCUCCCCUCCCCCACCCCACAUCCUGCUCCCCUCGCUUUACUCCGCGACGCCUUCAAACAAGGCUCUGGGGUCCUCACGAAGAGAGGCUGUGCUGGGACCAUGCGCCCAAGGUCCGAGGAUGUCCUCUGCGACCUGCGGCGGGCGCUGUGGGUUCAGGCCCAAACGAGUCCCAGGAGUUUCUCAGCGCCUGGAAGUAGACGUGGUCUCUCUAACCCCUGGCGUCAGUCUUUACCCUUCCUCUUCCUGGAGACCCGGGAGGCUGCGACGUGGAAAGAGAGGCGGGAAAGCCCGCACGGAGCUGCCCAAGUCAAGGGCGGUGGGGCUCAGGGGACUCUAAAGGCGAGAACUGAGGGUCGGAAGCCUGGGGACAAUCCUUUCCCCUCCACGUGCAGCGGGGACACCUCCUCCCCGGGGAACCCAUCCAGCUGCUCCCAACC